AUGUCGGAAAAUCUACUGACGCCACCCCAUUGCCUGGAACUAACGGAAGGAAAUGUUAGCGAAAAUUUCAGACGGUGGAGACGGCAGAUGGAAAUAUAUCUGCAGGCGACGGGGGCCUACGGAAGGCCCAAAAGCCAACAGAAGGCCAUCAUACUACAUUGUGCCGGUCCACAGGCCAUCGAAGUCAGUGACCAAUUCACAUACCAGGAAGGGGAGGACGAGGGCGACCCGGAGACACUAUUGAAAAAGCUACACGACUACUGCAACCCAAGAGACAACGAAGUGUUAGAGACGUUUCGCUUUUGGAAAUUACCCAUCUGCUCCCCAUUUGAAACCUACCUAACGAAGCUAAAGUCCCAGGCAAACAAGUGCAAUUUUAAGGAGCCAGACAGGAUGAUCCGGGACAAAAUAGUGUUCUCCUCAGACAGAAAAGUGCAGGAAAAACUCCUGGCAUGCCCAGAGCUGUCCCUGAAAAGAACAAUUGAGAUUUGCAGAGCCUUCGAACAGUCAACGACCAGUGUUGAGGAAAUACGAGCUGAAGCUCAGGCCCAAGUUGACAAAAUGGAAAGAACAACACAAAAAUCUACAGCUACACCCUUAGAGUGCCGAUUCUGUGGACGACACCACGCGUUCAAUAAAACAGCAUGCCCGGCUUGGGGACAGACAUGCAAGCGAUGCGGGGAAAGAAACCACUUCGCAAGAAAGUGCAACAGAGCAAAAGGAAGCACACUUGUACACAAGGCGUCAGGGUACGAGCCAGAGUGGCUAAAUACAAUAAAUGCACUCAAGUCGACAAGAGACAGGCUCACGGCUGAAUUCGUAGUGAAUGGUCAAAGAGUGAAAUUCCAGUUAGACACAGGAGCCGACGUCAACAUCAUUUGUAAAAGAUUUGUCAAGAGAUGUCAAGCAGUGGAGACCACACAAACUCUAAGAAUGUGGAACAUGACUGAACAGAAGCCAGAAGGAGUUGCUGAUUUACCAAUGACAAACCCAAAAACUGGGAAAACAACUGUAGUGAAGUUCGUCGUCGUUGGAAAUAACUUCCAAUGCCUCCUAGGCUUGAAAACGUGUCAAGAACUGGACCUCAUUACACUCAACGACAACAAUUUUGUCUCUCAAGUUCAGUCAACCAACGAUAACCUAGGUGACCUAGGAGAAGCGAAACUAACCAUCGAUGCAAGCAAGUCUCCAGUGGUGUCUGCAUGCCGCAAUAUUCCUUUCGCAUACAGAGACAAAGUCAAGAAAGAGCUUGAUGCACUCGUGAAGAGAAAAAUACUGGUCCCGGUAGAGGAGCCAACGGAUUGGGUCAGUCAAAUGGCCAUUGUUCAGAAAAAAAACGGAGAUUUGCGAAUCUGUAUAGACCCACAACACUUGAAUAGAGUCUUGAAAAGGGAGCAUUACAGACUCCCCACAUUUGAAGAUACUCUACCCCAGUUCGAGAACGCCAAAGUCUUCUCGAAACUUGACGUUAAAGAAGCCUAUUGGCAUGUUCGCCUUGACAAAGAAUCAAGUAUCCUGACAACAAUGAUAACACCUUACGGCCGUUAUAGAUGGACAAGGCUGCCCUUCGGACUAUGUGUCAGUGGAGAAAUCUUCCAAAGAAAACUGUCACAAGCACUGGAAGGCCUCAGCGGCUGCAUCAAUGUCGCCGACGACAUCAUUGUAGUCGGGUGUGGCAGAACAAUGGAAGAGGCGUUGUGGGACCAUAAGGCAAAACUGGAAAAUCUGCGAGAAAGAUGCAAAAGAAAAUCCAUAAUACUGAACGAGAGCAAAACAUUGGAACAAAAAGAGGCAGUCGAAUUCAUGGGGCACGUCAUCAGUGCACAAGGCAUUAAACCAGACCCCAAGAAGGUGCAGGCCAUAGUGGACAUGGAUCGCCCUACAAACGCGCAGCAAGUCCGACGAUUCUGUGGUAUGGUGCAGUACCUAUCAAAGUUCCUUAGCAACCUGUCAGCCAUAUCACACCCCCUGCGGGAACUCACCAAGAAAGAAACGGAUUUUGAUUGGAAUGAGGAAUGCGAAGUCGCCUUUAGGAAACUAAAAGAAAUGAUAACAACAACCCCGGUGCUGGGUUUCUAUAACGCAGCCAAAUCCCUUGAAAUUCAGGUCGACAGCAGCCAAGAUGGGCUUGGUGCCGUGUUGAUGCAGGAAGGGAAACCAUUGGAGUAUGCCUCACGAGUCUUAACACCAACGGAAAAGAGAUGGGCUCAAAUAGAGAAAGAACUACUGGCAGUAGUUUUCGGACUUGAGAGGUUCAAUCAAUACACUUUUGGCAGACCCGUCACAAUCUUAAAUGACCACAAACCCCUUGCUACCAUCCUACAAAAACCCCUAAACCAAGCCCCAAGACGGUUACAGAACCUCAUCAUGAGAAGCAAUAGAUAUGAUUUCACAUUCAAGUGGGUUCGCGGAAACGAACUGUACAUAGCCGACACGUUAUCCCGUGCAUGCAACACUAAGCCAUUUACUGAAGAAAUAUUGAACCUCAACAUCCAACAAAUCGUCGAUAUUCCCGAUCCACUGCUGGACAGAAUUAGAAACGAAACAGAUGCUGAUGAAACUCUACAAGCUCUCCGAAAGACCAUUGAAGACGGUUGGCCUGUCAAGAAAACUGCCGCUCCUGCGGCUCUGAGGCCCUAUUAUGACUUUGCCGAAACCCUGAGUAUAAGUAAUGGAAUCAUCGUCAAGGGGGAAAGAGUACUAAUUCCCAAAAGCAUGCGCUCAGAGAUGAAGGAGAAGUUACACGCCUCCCACCUAGCAUACGACAGCAUGAUGAGGCGGGCGAGGGCUCUGAUUUUCUGGCCAGGAAUGGCUGCAGAAAUCAAACAGAUGUCCGACUCGUGCACUGCCUGCCAAGAGAAUAAGCCAAGCAAUCAAAGAGAAACGCUGUGGCCACAUUAUGAAGGGAAAGGACCUUGGGAAAAGGUUGGAACAGACUUAAUGGAGAUCCAAGGGAGAACAUACUUGAUCACAGUGGACUAUUUCUCAAAUUGGAUCGAAGCUGACUUAUUAACAACAUCAACCUCAACCGAGGUGAUAAGAAAACUGAAAGCUCACUUUGCCAGAUUCGGAGUCCCUAAAGUCCUAAUCUCUGACUGCGGGCCUCAAUACACGUCUCACGAGUUCGCCGUAUUCACUAACAGAUGGAACAUAUCGCACAUCAGGUCCGAUCCCGGACACCCCAAAGCCAACGGAAAAGCAGAGGCCGCAGUAAAAACAAUCAAAAACAUGAUGAGAAAGACCAUCGGAACCGGAGAUGAUCAAUACGAAGCCCUGCUGGAACUUCGCAACACUCCCAAACAGGACUGUGGCUAUAGCCCAGCCCAGUUGUGUUUGAACAGAAUAACACGGUCACUUCUACCCCUGAAUAAACCCCUUGAGCCUGAAAGCUACACAGCAGGCCUGGGGGCGAAAGCCCGUCACAGGCACACCAUAAAAAAACACUAUGAUAAAAGAGCUAGAGACCUCCCCCGGCUGAGUGUGGACCAAAACGUUUACUUCCAGAGUCCAGGAAACAAUGAGUGGCGGCCUGGCAAAAUCAUUAUGAGAAACAGUGAGCGGUCCUACACCGUGAAGGGAACAACGGGCGGUACCUACGUUAGGAACAGAGUGCACAUCCGGCCCAGAAAUGUCCCUUACUCAGACAUCUUUUCAGAUGACGAAACGGCAACUCAUGAGGCACCACUAGAUGCCUCAUCCACAGACUUAACACCACACCCUGCGUUAGAGUCCAGCGCCGGCCCUGAUGGGAUACCACCCUUGGCUCACGGAGCAGAGCCUAGCGUGAGAAGGAGUGGGCGAACGAGAGCCACACCUACGUGGCACAAGGACUAUGACAUGGGCAAGUGGUGA